AUGAGCUGGAGGAACCCUCCCAGGCUCCUGGACCUUGUUUGUGUGUUGCAGAAUGAGGCCUCGGCCAUUGCCACUCUGGAGUGGCUGCCCAGAGCCCUCUUCCCUCCCUUGUUCAUGGCAGCUGUUGUCUGGGAACACAGAGAGACCAUAACGGCCAUGGUUGGGAUCCUGAAAAUGGUGCAGCUGGACUCUGUCCAAGACGUGGAAGUACAUAGUAGUUGGGAUCUGCAAAGCCUCAACUGGUUUGCUCAUCACCUGGCCCAGAUGGUCCACCCGCGUACACUCUUUCUCUCUGAAUGCACCUUUCAUUGCAUAGUCCCCGGGGAGGAAGAUGAGGACGAGGUAGAGAAGCUACUUCCACAAUUCACCUCCCAGCUCCUCAGUCUGAAUUGUGUUGACCUCAUCCUGCACUCUGCCACCUUCCUCAAGAACCACCUCCACCAGCUGUGUAGAUGCUUGCAGACCCCACUGAAGACCCUCAGAAUAAGUCAUUGCACGCUGUUGGACCAUGACUUGACACACCUGUUCUUGUGUCCCUGCGCCAGCCACCUAAGGUCCCUGGAGCUGAGUGGUGUAAGCAGGACAGGCUUCAGUUAUGAAUUGCUCCCUGCUCUGCUGAACCAGGUCUCAGCCACCCUAAUGGACCUGGACCUAGCUGACUGUGACAUCCUGGACUCUGAACUCGGUGCCUUGCAGCCAGCUCUGAGCACUUGCUCUCAGCUCAGAACCUUGAUGCUCUGUGGAAACCCAGUGUCCAUGGCUGUCCUACAAGAGCUGCUGGUUCACACUGUCCCAAGGUGCAAGUUUACCUUUCUAAAGCUUCCUGUCCCUCUACAUGCUGUGUGGGCCCCCAUGAACUCUACACAGGGGUACUCUUGA